CUCAAGUUGUAUGAUUUACUUGUACUAGGAUGAGUAUAUAGUAUGUGUUCUUCCACUACAAACAAAACUUAAGAAAAUAAUGUUCCUCAAAGAUUAGACAAACCCACUUUCCUCCCCUAUUUCCUUUCCUUUCCUUUCUUCUCUUACACUUCACCUCUCAAUAACUAAGAAUUACCAUCAACAUUCAACAAUGGAGUCCAUGAAACUAAACCCACAACCCCUCCUUCCACCUCCUCCACCCUAUCCUCAACUCCAACCACAACCCCCUACUCAAAACUACAUCGUUUUACCCCUCCCACUCCCCUUCAACUUCUCCUUCUCCAACUACAACCCAACUUUACUCAAAAAACUCUUCAAAAUCUUCUUCCUCCUCCUAAUCUUAUCCUCAAUCCUCUUCUUACUCUGGCCGUCAGAUCCCAACGUGAAGAUCGCACGAUUGAAAUUGCGCCACGUGAAAAUCCACACUCGUCAUCGUGUGGCUGUAGACAUAUCAUUGGAUGCUAAAGUGAGAAUAACUAACAAGGCCAUGUACUCAAUGGAUUACUCAGGUCUUAAUGUGCAGGUGGGGUAUAGAGGGAAGCCUUUAGGUCACGUGGUAUCAGGUGGAGGUCACGUGAGUGCUAAAGGUGUAUCUUAUAAAGAAGUUAGAGUUGAAUUUAAUGGAGUGGAAGUUAGUGAGUUGAUUCAUUUGUUGGAAGAUUUGGCAUCUGGUUUUAUUACUUUUGAUACAGUUUCUCAAGUUGAUGGUUUCUUUAGCUUCUUCUUCUUUCGAGUUCCCUAUAAGGGUAAGAUAUCAUGUGAGAUACUUGUGAACGUGAAGCAUCAGAAAAUCACUGGACAGAAUUGCUACCGCGACCUGGUAACAACUACCCCGAUAAAUUUUUUAAUAACUUUUUUUAAAAAAUCAUUUAUAUAUAUAUUACCACAGUUUAUAAUCGAAUAUCGAACAAGAUUACAGGAUUGAAUUCGGUUAAAAAUAAUCUAUUAGUUAAUUUUGUAUGAUUUGUGUGCAGUCGAAGGAGAAGGAUAAGGAAUAGUUUGACGGGAAAAGAAAGCAUGUUAAGAGAAGAAAUACUGAUGUUUAAGUGCAUAGCUAUUAUAGUGAAAGUAUGUUAUAGCUUAAACAGAAGUUCAUACGUAAAUAUAUUACAAAAAUGUGGGCCUACCCAUGAAGGCAUUUGAUUAUGUAAAUUAAAUUAUGGAUGAAUUAAAAAGAAGGUGUAUUUGUAUGUAUACUCCAAGCCAGUCCAAGGAUCAUGAAAACAUGAUUUCAUAUCAAUGGAAGUAUUUUAAAAGAGAUCAA